UUUCUAAAAAAUGUGGCGAGUUGUAGUCGCUCGUUCGGAUGACAAUAGUACAUUACUGUCUUCUGAAAUUAGUACAGGAACUAUGGGUCCAUCAGGUCACCUUUCCAGCCUCUCCGGUGCUCCAGCGUCUCAUCACUGGGGCUAUCCUCCACCCCCUCAUCAUCCCUCUUAUCAGACACCUCCUCAACAUCCGGAUAUGAGGCAUCAUCACGAUAUGAGAAAUACCGAUCCACGAAUAACAAAUCCCAGUGAGUUGAGGCCCGAAUUAAGGCAUCCUGAUCUCCAAAGAGUGGAACUGAGGCAUCCGGAAAUGCAGAGACAUCCUGAGAUGAUAAGGCCAGAACUAAGACAUCCGGAAAUGCAGAGGCCACAUGAUAUUAGGCAUCAAGAUAUGUCUGGUAUGAGGCCCGAUUUAACAGAAUUGAGACCAAGUCACGAACUUCCGGAAUUGAAAAUUGAUGGAACGGAACUUAGAACUCAGGACAAUCAACAGGCACAGCAGCAUUCUCAAGCUCAAGGACACCAGAGAAAUCUUAAAAGGACUUUAAGUGAUUCGGAUUGUGAUGAUGUGUUUUCGGAGGAGAGUGGCAAAGAACCUUGCAACUCGCCUGGAGGUGAUUCUUGUCAACAUGCAUCAAGAAAAAGGAGAAGAGGAAUGAUUGAAAAGAAACGUCGAGAUAGAAUAAAUGCAUCCCUCGGUGAACUCAGAAGAUUGGUACCUGCGGCGGCAAGAGAUCCACACAGCGGAAAAUUAGAAAAGGCGGAAAUACUUCAACUCACCGUUGAACAUCUGCGUACCAUCAGAAAUAAAGGACCAGAAGGUUAUGACAGUACGAAAUUAGCGAUGGAUUAUCAUGCUGUGGGAUGGGGAGAAUGUGCAGCAGAAGUGGGUCGAUAUUUAGUGACAAUGGAAGGUCUUGAUGAGAGGGAUCCUUUGAGACUGAGGUUACUUUCUCAUUUGCAAAGCUUCCACAGGGAACAUCCUCAUUCAACAGGAACUGCAGUUCCAUCGAGUGCAACUUUGAGUUCAAGCUCAACAACUACGAGUUAUGAUUCACCGAGUUCAGUAUCGAAUGGAAUGCCUCCAGGCUCAGGAAGUAUGCCUCCCCUCUUAGGAGGUACCACUCUCGGAUGGGGCCAAUAUCCAGGACAAUAUCCUCAACAGCAACAUGGAAAACCUUAUAGACCCUGGGGCGCUGAAUUAGCUUAUUAAUGAUUACCUUCUGCAAUAACUUGAUGCAGUUAUUGAUCUUAAUAGUUUACCCAUAACAUAAAAUCAUUUCUAGUGUACCAAAGUCUUUAUUGUGUUUAAAUAUUCUAUAUUUGCGUAUUUUCAAACUGUCGUUCUGAUAAAAAAAUUAUUGACAAUUUUCAUACCACUGCUCAUUAUAAUUAGAAAAUGGAAAAUCUCUUUGUAAUAAUGAAUAAUGUAUUUUUAAUUUUUUCAUUAGA